UGGGGUGUGCGCCUGUGGUCCCAGCUACUCGGGAGGCUGAGGUGAGAAGAUCGCUUCAGCCCGGGAGGUCGAGUCUGCAGCGAGCUAGGAUCGCACUGCUGCAUUCCACCCUGGGCCACAGAACAAGACCCUGUCUCAAAACAAACAAAAAAUAAAUUUAUGUAUGUUAGCAACAACUACAAUGUAAUUUAAGACUUCCCCAUUCCGAUUCCAUCCUCACCAAGCACGUUCUUUCGCCUGCAGCUUCAGUCUAGAGCCUGAGCGAGCCGAGCUGCGGAUGCCAGGGGCUGGGUGGACUCCGCAGCUAAACUCCUAUUGUAAAACACACACCUGCUUCUACCGCGGAUGUACACAUGGUUUUCCAGGGUGUGCGCGUCUUCCCAAGGGAUCUGGGGACCAGAUUCCAGCUCCUGCCAUUGGGAGGCACGGUAAGAGCCCGUAGGGGACACAAUUCUGAGCACCGCAGAUACCGAGGUCCCCGCUGCGCUCCAGUCAACAGAGGCUUCAGGACGGCGGAGUCCUUUCAAACGCCCGCCAGUCCCAGGCCAAUCACUGCGCAGAUUCUUCCGGGAUCGUCGCCAAUCAUCGGCCGUUGCGUCUUGCGGGUAAAGAGGGGUAAGUGAAGCUUCGGGCCCGUCCAUCUUUCUUGAAGGCAAGAAGCCUCUCUUCUACUUCCCAGACAUCCCGCCUUGCCCACCAGAAAAAGCAUCCGAAGCAGGUUUAUUUAAGGGCAAGUGGGACGAUGAGGCCAGAGGAGUCAGAAAGGCUCCAUAUUUGAUAUGGUCAAAGAAUGGCGCCCUUAAGAGCAGCCUGUGACAAUUGAAGCUAGGUGGUCGCCAUAUUUUCUGAAGGCACCUUCCGGGUCCCUUAACCCGGGUGUCUAUGUCCAAGCGGCCAUGAAGUGAAUAAACACUGAGGAAUUAUAUUUGUCCCUAUCAGAAUCCUCGAAUCCCUAGCAGCCAGUCCCCGCUAAUUCGGUUGCCUCGGCUGCGUUCGGACGCCACGGCUGGGUGGGGCCGCCCUUCCUGUGGACAACGACAGCUGAGGCCGGGAGCGGGGAGACGGCGGCCCCAGGGACCUGGCGGCCGCCGAUCGGGGCUGCAAGGCCCCAUGGCGCCGCCCCCAGCCCCGCUCCUGGCGCGGAAGCCUGGGGAGACCCGGCCUGGUUGCAGGAAGCCCGGGGCUGUGAGCUUCGCGGACGUGGCCGUGUACUUCUCCCCGGAGGAGUGGGGCUGUCUGCGGCCCGCGCAGAGGGCUCUGUACCGGGACGUGAUGCGGGAGACCUACGGCCACCUGGGCGCGCUCGGAGAUGCCCCAAACAGGAAGGAAGAGGAACCUGAGGAAGUUCCAAGAGCCAAAGGGCCUAGAAAGGCUCCUGUGAAGGAGAGUCCUGAAGUGCUGGUGGAAUGCAACCCUGACCCAGCUAUCAGCGUGGCCCCGGCACGGGCACAGCCACCCAAAAAUGCUGCCUGGGACCCGACCACAGGAGCACAGCCCCCGGCACCCAUGCCCAGCGUGGAUGCUCAGGCCGGCCAGCGGCGCCAUGUGUGCACGGACUGCGGCCGCCGCUUCACCUAUCCCUCGCUGCUGGUCAGCCACAGGCGCAUGCACUCCGGGGAGCGGCCCUUCCCCUGCCCCGAGUGUGGCAUGCGCUUCAAGAGGAAGUUCGCAGUGGAAGCGCACCAGUGGAUCCACCGCUCCUGCUCUGGGGGGCGGCGGGGCCGGAGACCUGGGAUCCGGGCUGUGCCUCGGGCCCCCGUCCGAGGUGACCGGGACCCGCCUGUGCUCUUCCGGCACUACCCAGACAUCUUCGAGGAGUGCAGCUGAGCAGCACCGCAGGCUGGAGUUGAGCCUGACCUUGGCACGAAGGACUGACGGAGCCCUGAGGUGGGCCACUGAGUCGGGGACUCCGAAACUGAAAUUUAUGCCCUGGACUUUCCUCAAGGAUCCCUCAAGUUUCCAACUUGUAAAAAGAAAAGUGCCUGUAAAGAUUCGAAUAGAUUAGACUUGCCACCCCUCUCCCCAGUCUUUUGUAAAAAAAGAAAAAAAAAAAAAAAAAGAAGAGAGUGAGAUCCUGGACUCAUUUCAAAGUGUUAUCUGAAGAUCAGGUGCAACAGAGACCUUUCCCCCAUCUGAGGAACUAGCCACUCCUUAUCUACUUCAAAUGCAGAUGCUGAGGGGGGACCAAGACCUGGGGAGGGGACCUACAUGGAGGGCGUUGUCAAGCCCUGGCUAAUUGUCGUCAGCAGGGGACCCAGAUACUGGAGUGGAUGGGAAUAGAAUAAAUGCAGGUGGCACAAGUC